AUGGGCCAUAGUAAUAAUGUCACAGAAUUUAUUCUUCUGGGCCUCACUCAGGAUCAUAAUGGACAAAAAGCAUUCUUUGUCAUGUUUCUACUUGUCUAUGUUGUGACGAUGGUGGGCAACCUGCUCAUUAUGAUGACUAUUAAAGCCAGCCCUUCUCUUAGCUCCCCAAUGUACUUCUUCCUUACCUACCUGUCACUCAUGGAUGCUGUUUAUUCUACUGCUAUUUCACCAAAGUUGAUCAUAGACUUAUUCUGCAAUAAGAAGACUAUUUCCUUCUCUGCUUGCAUGGGCCAGCUCUUCAUAGAACACUUAUUUGGUGGUGCCGAGGUCUUCCUUCUGGUGGUGAUGGCCUAUGAUCGCUACGUGGCCAUCUGUAAGCCACUGCACUAUUUGAUCAUCAUGAAUAGAAGGGUUUGCAUCCUGCUGCUGGGGGUGGCCUGGUUUGGAGGUUUUAUGCACUCUGUGGUUCAACUUGCGUUUGUGUACAGUCUGCCCUUCUGUGGUCCCAAUGUCAUUGACCACUUCAUUUGUGACAUGUACCCGCUAUUGGAACUUGCGUGCACUGACACCUAUUUUCUAGGCCUCACAGUGGUUGCCAAUGGUGGAGCGAUCUGUAUGGUUGUCUUUAUACUUCUGCUGAUCUCCUAUGGCAUUAUUCUAAACUCUCUUAGAACUCACAGCCAAGAAGGAAGACGGAAGGCCUGGUCUACUUGCAGCUCCCACAUCACAGUAGUUGUGCUGUUUUUUGUUCCUUGUAGUUUCAUGUACCUUAGACCUGUUUCCAACUUUCCUGUCGAUAAAUUCUUGACUGUGGUUUAUACAAUUAUUACUCCCAUGUUGAAUCCUUUAAUAUAUACUUUAAGGAAUUCAGAGAUGAAAAGUGCUAUGGCUAAACUCUGGUGUAAAAGAUUAACCACAGGUAGCGUAGCCGUGUUUCCCACCCUGAACAUAUUUGUUCUAAGUGCUAAGACAACAAACAAGGAGUAA